CAGCAGAGAAUUGUAAACAAACAUUGGACGGGUGAAGGACGAGUGAAAUAUUGCUCUAUAAUCGCUAUUUAAGUGCCUGCUGUUAUUUAUAUAUUUAUUUUGGAGGUGUGAGCAGCAAGAUGACCCUACAGGCUCAGGCUCUGAGCUUUAUAGACACUGCGCUCAGGGUUCCCCCUCUCUUUAUCAUGGACGAGGUCCUUAAAUGCUGUUUUGGGUUUUCUGGAUCUAUACAAGUGAGAUAUGCAAGCUUAAUGGGUGACGAAAAUCCAUUCCUCAAUGAUGAAGGUUUUGGGCAGAUUAACCACGAUGAUAUGAAAAUGUGGGCAGCAGAAAAUGAUACGACUGCUGGAUUGGAGAAUUAUACCAUACUUGCAAACAUUGCACCUACAGUAGUAAAAAUAUUUAUGUUUAUGUUAGUAUAUAUAAUAGCAACGGUGGCAUUUCUGCUGAGUUCUCAACGCUUAAUACAAGUUUAUCUAGUAGUUGCGAGCUUGGCUGUUGUGGUUGCUGGUUAUCAAGUGAAUAUGGCAACUGUGCGAUACUUAACAUCACCUCCGCUGUCUGAUCGUCCUUCCCUAAUCUACAGUAUGCUGUCUCUCGAUGUCACAGCACUUUGGGACAGUGGAGGGACCUUCUCUACAUUGACACUUAACUAUGUAUUUCAAGGAUCCUUAGGAUAUCUUUUUACUCUUUUAUACUCAGGACCCCAGUAUCCAAUGUUGCAUAGACUAAUGAUUAUUUCUUUUCUUUUGCCUAAUAUAUCUUUGUUUUUCACUUUUCCCACCGGGGUACUUUCCACAAUACCAUUGUUUGCAGCCUUGCUCCCCUUAGCUAUAGUCAAGUACACUGUUGCUAGUAACUUGCUGAAAUGCACUCAGGUAGUUAUUGAAGGUUAUCAAUAUGCUCGUAGGAUAAUGAGGGACUUUGGCCUCCAUUCCCUCUUAGAAUCGGAAUGGGUACGACUCAAUGUACCAAAUGUGUUAAGAACAUUCUGGAUAAUUCGAGUUGCUCAGCAUGUAGUAAUCUUGCUGGGAGAAUUCAUGUUUGCUAGAGGAGAGUAUCAGUCUCUCUGGACUUUAGACUUAGAAGCUGUCUAUGUCAUCUUCAAAGCUGUAAUGACUCAAGGGUGUGAAACUGCUGUGGCACUUCUUGGCAUGACGAGUAUUGUGUCUUAUGUAAGUCACUAUGUUGGUGUAGUGUUCCAGAUGAUUCUUUUGACAGUAGAAGAUGAUGAGAGAAGCAUGGGGACAGUGUGUGCCAUCCUGUUUUUUAUUUUGGCUGAACAAAGUGGUUUGACAGUCAUGGAAGGGGAGAAAAGAUUUGUUCGACUCUGUAGGAAUUUCUGUCUUCUCUUUACAGCAAUGCUGCACUUUAUACAUAAUAUGGUUAAUCCUGUCUUAAUGUCUCUGAGUGCAUCACGUAAUCCAGCUCUCUACAGACAUGUCCGAGCUUUAAUAGUUUGCUCGCUUCUUGUUUUCCUUCCGGUACUGCUAUUAUUUGUACUUUGGUCAUUUUAUCCCCUUUCGACGUGGCUACUUGCUGUCUCUGCCUUUUCAAUACAAGUCAUAGUUAAAACCCUAGUGUCACUUUUGAUUUAUGCAUUGUUUCUUGUUGAUGCUUAUUGCAUUACCUUUUGGGAGAGGUUAGAUGACUAUGUUUAUUACAUCAAAGCAUUUGGGAAUAGUGUAGAAUUUGUGUUUGGAAUUUUGUUGUUCUUUAAUGGGGCUUGGAUUUAUUUCUUUGAGUCUGGAGGAUCCAUUCGUGCAUUCAUGAUGUGCAUUCAUGCUUAUUUUAAUAUAUGGUGUGAAGCAAGAAAUGGAUGGACUGUCUUUAUGAAACGACGCACAGCUGUCAACAAAAUUAACUCUUUACCAGAGGCAACACAAGAACAACUUAAUGAACAUGACGAUGUUUGUGCAAUUUGUUUCCAAGGUUUGCGUAGUGCUAAAAUCACAAAAUGCAACCAUUAUUUUCACAGUGUGUGUUUGCGGAAGUGGCUAUAUGUUCAAGAUUCAUGUCCUUUGUGCCACGAAACACUGUAUAAAACUGAAACUACUAAUGAAAAGCAGAGAACUGGUGAAAAUGGAGGGAAUGUGGUAUGGGACAUGGGUCAAGAUCAAGAAAUUGGUAGGCAAGGUAUCCAACCAAAUGAAAUCGUAGGUAAUGUUGAAAUGCACAUGUGGAGGGACCGAGACAUUGAUGUCAUUCUCGGUGAAGAUAUGAAUGGUAGGAACAGAGAGGUGGUAAUUGAUAAUGAAGUAGGAGAAGCUGUAAUAUUGGCAGCUCAGGGUGAGCACCAUGAUGAAAGGGACUUGCACCACUACCACCAACUUGAGCCUCAGGAGCAAGAACAAUAUAUAAACAGAGUUCAGUUCCAGGAUAAUGAGAGAGAGCAUCCUAAUGAAAAUAAUGAAUUGUUUACAGUGAGAUCGCGUAGAGGUCCCAUUAUUGAUCAAGAUAUAGGUCAACAAUAGUUAAAAUGUGCACAAGGUAGUCAAGUGGUCAUAAGAUUUAGUUUUCAGAAUAUUUAAGGCCUGUUACGAUAUAUAUAUAUAUAU